AUGCGACUGCUCAUCACCAACAACACCCGGUCUACUAUCACGCACACUGCCGCAAGGUGCCGGCCCCGGGCUGGUCUCUCCUCUCACCAGCCCCCAGCCCUAUCUAAACGAAGCAUAUCGGCCUCCGCUAAUCUGCCCUCGAUGGGAUCACCCCAGCCGCCUUGGCUCGCCACCCUCCUCCAGGACCAGACCCCUGCCCCGACGCUCUAUUCCUGGACUCCAGACAGAGCCUCAUCGUCCCCCAGAAUCCUGGAUGAUCUAGAUCGCCGGAUCUUCAUCCUUGGCGUGGGGAACCUCGGCCGCCUCUACGCCAGCUACCUCUCCAAGCUCGCCGACCCGCCCCCCAUCACCCUCGUGCUUCACCGGAGGGAGCUGCUGGAGCAAUGGCACGCCGGCCAGGGCAUCGAGAUCACCCGCUCCGGCGCCACGGAGAGGAACAAGGACUUUGACGUGCAGUACUGGACCGAGGCCCCUCCCCGGGAUCACGGCGCCGCCCACGAGAUCCUCACCACAGGCUCCUCCGCCUCGCCCCGCCGCACCAUCGGCAACAUCAUCAUAGCCACCAAGGCCUCCGCCGCCAUCCCCCAGGCCGACCGCCUGAGGAGAUACCUCGACGGCUCCAGCACCGUCGCAUUCGCCCAGAACGGCAUGUCCAAGCUCUGGCCCCCCCACGGCCAGACCUACGUCUCGCACCGCUACCCCGGCGGCGGCAACGCGGCACCCAACUUCGUCGCAUGCAUCACCACGCACGGCGUCACCUCCACCGGCCCGUUCAGGAGCACGCACGCCUCCCUCGCCGACGCCAAGGUCGGCCUCGUGCUCCCUAGCGAGGGGAACCCGGGGGCGGCGGACUACCUCAUGGACCGCAUCGCCGCCGCCCCGCACCUCGACUCGCAGCUCGUUUCGAGACCGGACCUCUGGGUCCUCCAGCUGGAGAAGCUCGUCAUCAACUCGGUGAUCAACCCUCUAAGCGCCCUACUACGAUGCCAGAACGGCGUCCUGUUCGAGUCGAGGACCAGCCCCUUGUCGCAAGUCAUGGACCGCCUCCUCAACGAGACGAGCAAGGUCCUCCAGGCGCUCGUCCGCCACCCCAGCAGCGGCGACAUCCUCACCCCGGAGGUUGAUCGGGACGCCUUGCUGCGGCGGUUCGGCGUUGCACCGCUGAGGGAGUUGCUCUGGACGGUCGGCGACAAGGUCAAGGAGAACACGAGCUCGAUGCUCCAGGACGUGCGGGCCGGCAAGCCCACCGAGAUCCGGGACUUCAACGGGUGGAUAGUCGACAUGGCAAGGUUCCUCGGCCAGGAGGAGCUGGACGUGACGGCGCACGCCGACCUCAUUGCGCUUGUUGAGGGUGGGCGGGCACUGAGUCAGGGGGAACUUGCCCAAGCACUGCUUAAAUAA